CACCGGGGGGGGGGUAACGUGGCUAGUGUGUGUGUAUGUAUGUGCAUAAAUAUAAAUGGGUUAUGUAGGUAAAGCACGUAAUUGAAUGUGUAGGUGAAAACUGAUUCUAUAAGCUUUAUCGCUUGAGGCAGAGCAGCAACCACCUUACAAAACCUCUCGUUUCGUAACGUCGUGUCUGAAAACGUGACGGACUCCCUCGGCACGAACAGCCGACACUGAAGACCGGUAGACGCUGCUCUUUGACACGAAGCACUGUUGGUGUUUCUGAUACAACUAUUGCAGCUAACGUUAUAUUGAAAGCAAUAAGUAUGUCUACCUCCCGUACAAUCAUAUGUUUACUAAGAAACGACUUGCGUCUUCACGACAAUGAGCUUUUCCACUGGGCUCAAAGAAAUGCAGAGUACAUCGUCCCACUGUACUGCUUCGACCCCAGACAUUAUGUGGGAACAUACAACUACAACCUACCAAAGACUGGGCCUUUCCGCCUGCGCUUCUUACUACAGAGCAUCAGGGACCUCAGAAGCACGCUGCUCAACAAGGGCAGCAACCUCGUGGUGAGACAUGGUAAGCCAGAGGAGGUAGUUGCCGACCUCAUCAAGCAACUGGGCUCUGUCAGCGCAGUGGCUUUCCACGAAGAGGUAUGCUCGGAAGAACUAAACGUGGAGAAACGAGUGAAGGAUGUCUGUGCACUGAUGAAGAUCAAAGUUCACACCUGCUGGGGGGCUACACUGUACCACAGAGAUGAUCUUCCUUUUCACCACAUAUCUAGGCUGCCUGAUGUGUACACUCAGUUCAGGAAGGCAGUGGAGACACAGAGCAGAGUGAGGCCUGUGUUCCCAGACCCCGAGCAGCUCAAGCCUCUCCCCCAAGGGCUGGAGGAAGGAGCCAUUCCUACAGUAGAGGACCUGCAACAGACAGAGCCUAUGACUGAUCCUCGCUCAGCCUUCCCCUGCAGUGGUGGUGAAAGUCAGGCUCUGGCCAGACUCAAACACUAUUUCUGGGACACUGAUGCAGUUGCAACUUACAAGGAGACUCGUAAUGGCUUGAUUGGUGUGGAUUAUUCCACUAAAUUUGCAUCUUGGCUGGCGAUGGGUUGCAUUUCACCACGGUAUAUUUAUCAUCAGAUCAAGCAGUAUGAGAGGGAGCGGACAGCCAAUCAGAGCACGUACUGGGUCAUUUUUGAACUUUUGUGGAGGGAUUACUUCAGGUUUGUAGGUGUCAAAUAUGGAAACAGGCUGUUUCAGGUCAAAGGUCUUCAAGACAAGUCUGUUCCAUGGAAAAAGGACAUGGAGCUUUUUAAUGCGUGGAAAGAAGGGCGAACCGGAGUGCCCUUCGUGGAUGCCAACAUGAGAGAAUUGGCAAUGACAGGCUUCAUGUCCAACAGGGGGCGACAAAAUGUUGCUAGCUUCCUCACAAAAGACCUGGGCCUGGACUGGAGGAUGGGAGCUGAGUGGUUUGAAUAUCUUCUGAUUGACUAUGAUGUCUGCAGCAACUACGGCAACUGGCUUUACAGUGCUGGUGUAGGAAAUGACCCCAGAGAAAACAGGAAGUUCAACAUGAUCAAGCAAGGCCUUGACUACGACAAUAAUGGUGACUAUGUGCGGCAGUGGGUUCCUGAGCUGCACGGCAUCAGGGGAGCUGACGUGCACACGCCCUGGACACUCAGCACUGCAGCACUGUCACAUGCUCAAGUGUCCCUUGGUGAGACCUACCCCACCCCCAUCAUCAUAGCGCCUGAAUGGAGCAGACACGCUAACAAGAAACCGAGUGGCAUGGGGCCUUCACCAAGAGGAAAGAAAGGCCCAUCUCACACUCCCAAACAACAUCGGGACAGAGGCAUAGAUUUCUAUUUCUCCAAAAGCAAAAACCUGUGAUCUGCCUCAAAGCAAACACAAACACGUGGGUGGAUGAUCAGGGGAUGGAAACUUCAGUGAUCACCACAAACUUGGACUGUUUCUGUAAAAUCUGUAUUGCACACAGACAACGCGGUGAUCUAGGGAAGUUGUCUGAUGAGGAAAUGCACAGUUCUAGUUACAUGUGAACUUGACUAAUGUAUAUGUACACAACACAUGCCACCAGUUCUCUGGAAAAACAGGCCUCGUACCUUUCCCGGACUCAUUUUAUAAGUUUCCUGUUUCCUGCAACAGCAACAGUGAAAGCCACAUUGUGGUUUUUAAUUUUGAUGCAGUAGACCAGUUAUAAUGAGUUAUCUGUUGAUGUUCAUGUGCAGAUGUUAUUGCUUUUAAUUCAUUGUCAGUUUGCCUGUUUGUGGCAGUUUCAAAAUAAAAUAGGUAAAU